ACUGUACUGUGCUAUACAGGGAGAAGAGAGAGAGAUAGAGGAGAGAUAUACACAAUCGAUAGUGUUUGAGCCCCGUCUCUCCCUGUUGCCAACCCCAGCUCAGUGCACGCAUGGUCUAACCCAGCUACACUGCUACACUGCUAUUGCUAAUGCUGCAGACACUGCUGCUGCUGCUGCCACAGUCUGCUUCCUCAAACUCCACCGGCCGCACCAUCUCUCAUCGCUAAACGGGGGCCGCCGGCGCUCCAGGAUCGCUGACAUGGACACAGGAGAACCCCUCAGCCAUCUGCUGCGUCACAGCCUGUCUCCUAACGCACCUCUCGUCUCAAAUCACAACACAUCAUCUCUCUCCGCUCAGCGCCCGGGAGGAUUGUGACGCGUCAGUCUGCCACUUCCCCCCCUCCAGUUUCACUCCCCCCUGUGUUGUAGUACAAUCUCCUCGUUUCCAACCUGCCAGGGCUAGCGGGAGAGAGAGGAAGAGAGAGAGAGAGCAAGGGAUAGAGAGGGAGAUGUUUUGAGUUUGUUAGCAUGGAAAUGAGAGGAGAGUGAUUGGUGUUAGUGGUGCGGUGUGUUUCGUCUGCUCUCCAGAGAAUCCCAGGUGAGCUGUGUCCUGCUAUAAGAUAUGCGUCACAAAGAUGUCCACACGCAGCGGCCAGGGAAAGGACUCGGUCAUCACGCCCCUGGACACCAUCCCUGAGGACAGGAAGGUAAGGGUUCAGCGGACACAGAGUGGUUUCGACGCUUUUGAGAAACCCGCCAGCCAGGUGAAGAGGGUGCACUCAGAGAACAAUGCCUGUAUCUCCUCCAAGGCCUCCUCUACUGGGAAAGAGUCGCCCAAACUGCGCCGACACUCCAGCCCCAGCUCUCCCACAAGCCCCAAGUUUGGGAAGGCUGAUUCCUAUGAGAAGCUUGAGAAACUGGGAGAAGGCUCAUACGCUACAGUAUACAAAGGGAAAAGCAAGGUGAACGGCAAGCUGGUAGCCCUGAAAGUGAUUCGUCUGCAGGAGGAGGAGGGGACACCGUUCACCGCCAUCAGAGAAGCAUCUCUUCUGAAAGGUCUGAAGCACUCCAACAUCGUGCUGCUCCAUGACAUCAUCCACACCAAGGAAACCCUGACGCUGGUCUUUGAGUAUGUGCACACAGACCUGUGCCAGUACAUGGACAGGCACCCAGGAGGACUGCAUCCAGACAAUGUGAAGUUGUUCCUGUACCAGUUGCUGAGAGGUCUGUCCUACAUCCACCAGAGGUAUAUCCUGCACCGUGACCUCAAGCCUCAGAACCUGCUCAUCUCUGACACUGGAGAACUCAAACUGGCCGACUUCGGUCUGGCACGAGCUAAGUCAGUCCCCAGCCACACCUACUCCAAUGAGGUGGUGACCCUGUGGUACCGCCCCCCUGAUGUCCUCCUGGGAUCCACAGACUACUCCACCUGCCUGGACAUGUGGGGUGUGGGCUGCAUCUUCAUCGAGAUGAUCCAAGGAGUGGCAGCUUUCCCUGGGAUGAAGGAUAUCCAGGAUCAGCUGGAGAGGAUAUUCCUGGUCCUAGGCACCCCCUGUGAGGAUACCUGGCCAGGGGUCCACUCUCUGCCCCACUUCAAACCAGACAGCUUUACUGUCUACAGUUCCAAGAAGCUCAGACAAGCAUGGAAUAAGUUGGGCUAUGUGGACCAUGCUGAGGAGUUAGCCUCUAGGUUCCUCCAGUGCUUCCCAAAGAACCGUCUGUCUGCUCAGGCAGCUCUCCAGCACGAGUACUUCAGCCACCUUCCUCCACGGCUCUGGGAGAUCUCAGACAUGGCUACUAUCUUCACGGUACCAAAUGUCAAGCUGCAGGUGGAGUCAGGUGACAGUAUACAGGUGUGUACCAGGACCAGCUCCAGCCAUGCUAAAGGACCGUCCAGCAGCAAACACUGACUGGGGCAGACUGCCCCACAGCUAGCCAGGUUGCUGCUGUGGUCAGUCCAAGAGAGAAGGACAAAGACACUGAGAUGGAGGAGCCACCGGGAUCACAUACCCUCUUCUGUUUCUUUAACUUAUUACUUUUCCAACCGUGUGUGUGGUGUGUGUGUGUGUUUGUGUGCCUGAGUGUAUACAUUUUGGUGGGUGACACCUCCAAUUUCAGUUUUAUAAUUUGCAAUUUUUGUUGACUUUUAUAAUGUUAUGAUACUCAUAUAUCGUUGACACAUUUACAAUACCCUUAAUCAUCAAGGGUCUUUACAAUACUAUUGAUGCAUACUGUGGCUUGUGUUUCUAACUACCAAUGUAAGAAUGUAUAUUUGUAUGUACAGUAUACUCAUAUUUAGAAAAUAUAUCAUGGACUCCAAGAAAGCUUAAAUUCUUUCACUUGCAUGCAUUCACGCACGCAUGCACAAACUCACACGUACACAAACACAGAUACACACCCCCUGGACAGUUUAACUCACAACACAAACUUUAACUUAGAAUGACAAGCGGUAGUAAUGUUUCUCUUUACCUUUGACCUGUUCCUCCUCUGUAACUGUCAGGCCAGAGUCAAAUGACAUCAAAUCAAUAAUAAUUAUAAGAGCAAUGUUAGUAAUCCUGUAAUAGUGAUAUUGGUGAUAAUAAACCAUUAGUCUCUGCUAGAGAUGAUGCAUACACACAAAGCAAUGAGCACCGAUGACAUCGUGAAGAGUCACAUGUUAUAUGUUACAUUCGCUGUGGUUCGUCUCAGUGUGUGUGUGUGUGUGUGUGUGUGUGUGUGUGUGUGUGUGUGUGUGUGUGUGUGUGUGUGUGUGUGUUAUAUCUGUGUGGUUGCGUGUGCAUCAAACAUGGGCAAUAUGGGCUAUACCCUUUCAUUGGUGCUUCCAUGUAGGCCAUGAGGUACUGUUAUCUAUACCGCAUCCUGUUGUACACUGUAUCUAGAUGGUAAAACACAAUGGCAAUAGGCUCAGUGGGAUUUUGAUCUCUUGGUUACUUCGACCCAUGACAAUCCUCUUCUCCUUCACGUCCUUUGAUACCGUCCAGUAAUGUACUGUAUAUCAGACAUCAUCGUCUGUUUGUCUCAGCUAUCACAUUAAUAAAAUUAUUAGGAGCACUUUUUAUGAUAUCGUAUGAUAUUGAUCUAACAAAUUGUUUUGUUUCUUGGGUACUAUGUUACAUUGGCUGGUACAAAGAUCUCUUUGUGUUCGAUUUUCAGCUGGGUGUUGUUUUGUGUAAAAAUAUCUGCUCAUAUUAGUCAUGUGUGAGCUAGGUAAUAUAGCAAUGACCAGUAACAUGGAGAAUAUGGGUUCACUUUUUAUGGAUUGAUUUGAAAUCUACCACUAAUCUGAAUGGGCCUGUACUGUUCACAAGUAGAGGAGGGGGAGGAGAGUUCUGAAUGAGACAUCAUGGACACACACUGACUAUCAGGAGAGAUUACACACACACACACACACACACACACACACACACACACACACACACACACACACACACAUGCUCACACACACACACACACACACACACAUGAGAACACAUGAGAGACAGUCACAGGUAUAAUACUGUAGACACUUGGCCACACACAGUCCCUCUCCACCCCUGCCUCACCUGCUAGUCUAUCAUCGAGGGAGGAGGAAGAGGAGGAGGAGACACUAAAAAGAAAGGAGUCUUGUAGAAGGCUUUGACAUGAUUCGCCAUAUGGCCAAGUCCAUGUUAUGGUACAGCUUUAAUUGUCCCACCAUCUCUAGUGGUGGUUGGUGUGGUAUAGAGCACUCGAGGCAACGACAGAGAAACACAGUGAUAGUGACGACUUGUGUCAUUAGCUUUUUGAGAAUGCACUUUUUCAAUCUAUUUGCCCUACUGUACAUUCCAGCUUAUUAAAAAUGACACUUUUUGCACCUGUUUUGUCCUUAAUCACAUGCUCUUGCCUGCACAGACUAGAAAUAUCAGUGCCCUCCCUUGGCAACCGUAAUAUAGGCCAACAGACCCCAGUUUCCAACCCCAGUGAUGCACAGACUUUUUAAGGAGAACUACUACAGAUACUUGAAGUGAUUUUAUAGGACUUCAGUGUCAUUCCUGGUGUGGCAAGUGACUCUGUGUCGUGGUAGUGAGGAAGGGAGGAGAAUCUAGAGUGGCGUCUUAAUGUGACUAAAGCAGCGUGACAGAGGAGGGUUAAUACCAGAGAGCUCUGUUGAGAUAGAUCGCCGCUCGCUCUGCUCGGCCUUGCAUGGCUUUAUGGGAUACAGGAGGUAUUAAGCAGCUGAAUAAUUUGUUUUGAUACGUUACUCUCCUGCUUUCUGUGUGUGUGGCAUAUCACUUUUCUUUUGCCCCCUUUUUAUUUUGUGCCUUUGUGUCCCAGGAGUUUCUUCCUUUGCCGCCUGCCUGCGAUAUCACAUAAACAUGAAAAUACUGUAUAUAUUUUGGACUGCCUGCCUGCCUGCGUGGGUGGAGUUCCUGAAAGCUCUUUUUUUCUCCUUUGGGAAUUAAAAGCAUUUUCUCUAUGAAGGGAAAUCUUGGGAAAGAAGUAGUGAAAUUGCACAUUGAGCACUGUGACGGUCAAAAUGAUUAACAAUUGAAUGGGGCCUACUAUCAUUUUAAUGUUACCAUUGGUUCUUGCUUGUUAAGGUCAACUUCCAGAUGUUUAAAAAAAUGCAUUUACAAAUACACCAUUCAAAUCUGUCAUAUUUCGAGUUACAUGUCAAUAUUUAAUCAUUUUGUAUCCUUUGUUAUAAACUGUCUUACUAGGCUGUAUAUAAAAGGGGAGGGGAAACGCCUUGUGUAAAAUGUAAUAGUGACGCUUAUACUAUGUUUGCGUACAUACAGGGUCACGGGUGUCUCCUUAACGCCAUAAAAGAGAGGAUUCGUAUUAAAUAUAUAUGGAUAUAUACACAUACAGUAUAUUUUUUGGCCUUGUCAGUUUCUUAACUGCGUAGACGUACAGUAUAUGUUGGGAAAGGCGUUUUGGAACCAGACAUGCAACCCCCGCUGUACUCAACACUGAAUCUGUGUUUUACAGUAAAAAAAAAGCUUCACUUGCAUAUCUAUUUUUUCUUUUUUGUAUGAUGCUCUGAAAAUACAUCAUUUUUCACAAGUGGUUUCGGACAUAGAAGAAGUGUUACCGGUCACUUUAUAAACUGAAACUUAGAAUAUAAUAGUAGAAUAGCUGUUGCAUUACCUAUUUGUUACGACCUGUAUGUAAUGUUAUUAUGGAAGAUGUAAUGUCCUUCUGUAAAUGUUGUUUAUUGUUGGUUUACCUGAAAUAAAUAAAGUUUAUUAAUGCUUCAAA